CCCGUCUCGCAUCACGCAGUCUUCAACAACUAAAGUCAUCGUAUUUGUAUUAUUGCAAAAAAAAAUACAGGAUGAGCGUCACCAGUGAGGAAAUCAACUAUCUAAUUUUUCGGUACCUUCAAGAGUCAGGAUUUGUUCAUACAGGAUUUUCCUUUCAGAAUGAGUCACAUAUCCACAAGUCUGAAUAUCGGAAUGCAAAUGUUCAACCAGGUGCUCUCGUGAGUGUGAUUCAAAAAGGCUUACUGUAUAUGGAUUUAGAGCUUCAAUACCUUGCCAUGAAUUUUCCAUCACUAUCAUUUACGACUUAUCAAAACCAGGAUGGAACUGAACGGGAAUGUACGGGACCAGUGGCACUUAUUGGACCUCAUCGCUGUGAUAAGCAAGGCAAAAAUCAAGGCGGUAAUAAACGAGAUCGAAAAGAGAGUAAACGGCCUCGAGAGCAGCAACAAGGUCGAGACAAGCGCCUGAGAACAGAACUUGAUGAAGAUGAUAAGGAUGACGACCCCAUUGUAGAUACUGACCAAGUUGAGGAUGUUUCCUCUGUGGAAAUAAUGGAUGCGGCGGAGGUGAAGAUCAUACCAGCAAGCGAUGCUAUUACUUUGAAAGGCCACACUGCGGAUGUAUUUGUAUGCUCAUGGAGUCCUACCUCACCCUUAUUGCUGGCAUCCGGGGAUGCAACGGCUCGUAUAUGGCAAAUACCCAGUAGCACCGAUGACGCCCUGCUGGAACCAAUUGUGCUAAAGCAUCUGCCAGCAUUAACAGACAGCAAUAGAGAUGUCACGACAAUGGAUUGGAAUGCUUCAGGAACACUUCUUGCUACAGGAUUUUAUGAUGGACAGGCUCGAAUCUGGACGCAGCGCGGACAACUGAGAUAUUUGAUGAGCCAACAUCGUGGACCGAUCUUUGCUCUAAAAUGGAAUAAAAAAGGCAACUAUAUCCUCACAGGAAGGGACGCUAGACAGCAACAUGAGUUUCAUACUGGCGCAGUACUAGAUGUAGAUUGGCUUGACAACACCACAUUCGCGACAUCAUCGUCUGAUGGGAAAGUGUAUGUAUGCAAAGUAGAUAGCUCUGAGCCCGUCAAGGUGUUUGAUGGACAUAAGGACGAAGUAAACGCUGUUCGCUGGGACCCUUUAGGAGAACUUCUUGCGUCGUGUUCAGAUGAUAAAACAGCAAAGAUUUGGACUAUGUCGCGGGACGAAUGUCUAUUUGAUCUUACGAAUCAUACUGAAGCUGUCUAUGAUAUGACGUGGGCACCUCAUGAAGCAUCAUCAAAGGAGCCAAGGAUUCUGGCGACAGCCUCGUUCGACAUGACAGUGAGACUAUGGGAUGCUAGAAAUGGCGAUAACCUUCGUGUCCUCUCAAGACAUACCGAAGCAGUAUACUCUGUUGCUUUCAAUCCAACUGGUACACAUCUUGCCACUGGGUCUCCAGACACGACAAUCAAUAUAUGGAGAGUGCAGGAUGGAGCACUUGUCAAGACAUAUCAAGGAGAAGGCGGGAUUUUUGAAGUGGACUGGAAUAGCACAGGAGACAAACUUGCGGCAUGUGUGGCCAACGGCACUCUUGUAGUCGCCCAUGUCAAGCUUUAAUGGUUGCAUUUAUAAUAGCUCUGUAAACAUCGAUACCCAC